CUCUAGUCCGAGGUUUGGUACUGAGUCCAGAUGUUCCUAAACACGAUGCUGGUGGUCCUGACGGACCUGGCGGCCUUGGUCCUGGGUAAUGCUGCCUUCCGGAAGCACUUCCACCUGCUGCUGUCGGUGGUGGUGAUGUUCGCCCCGGCACUGAGCCUCUGGGUCUCACAGCACAGCGUCUUUGCCAAGAGAAGCCAUUUCCUCUACAGGAUGUUCCUGCGCUCUGGUUGGGGCUGGACCUGCAUCUUUGCCGGCUCCUUCAUCUUCCUCCUCUCCUUCUCUGUCCGUCGCUCCCUCUCUCUCUCCAUCCGCCACCUCUCCCGGCUUGGGGUGGCUGGCGGAUUGUGGCUUGGUUUCUGUAAACUCCUGGACCUUCUGGAGAACACCACCGGAAGCUGCUACGAACCUUUACUCAGUGGCCCAGAGGUCGCCAACGGGCAGCCUCUGCUGUUGCUACGAGAAGGGGAGAGUAAGUCCCAAUGCCUCAGAGCUGGGAUGCUGUGGAGGGGGUAUGAGGUUUCAGAAGAUGUCUUCCUCCUCUGUCUCUGCUGCCUGCUCCUGGUUGAGGAAACAGCCGUGUUUGGCCCCUAUCUGAGCCUGGGUGGGAUCUCAGGUGCCCCUCUGAGGAUCCUCUUCCUGUUCUGUGUUCUCCUGCUCUGGCUCUGGAUGUUUCUGCUGCUCUGUCUAUUAGCAUACUUCCCUCAGUUCCCCACUCAGCUAAUAGGGGGCGCCCUGGGGUGCCUGACCUGGAGGGGACUGUACCAGGGCUGGUAUCGCCAGGGGCCCAGCUGGUACUGCCCCGGGAGGCCCGGAGUGGGACUGCUCAACACCAAGACCAGCGGUACUGAAGCAGAGGAGGCACAACAAAACCACAAUCACUGCAAUUAA